AACGUAUAAUGCAUGUUAACUGAGACUCAGCUGUCAUAGGAGGACAACGUGUUUGCGCAAGUUUCAUUAUGUACUUCAAAUGAGCAUAGGGUUGCUUUGUCCGCCAUGUUUCGAAGAUAUUUAUAUUUAUAAUACACGCUGUCGAUUUUAUUACAAGCGUCAAAAAAUAUUCUUAUAAUUCUGGGAAAAUGCUUUACUUUGCCGGUUUCACAAAUCAAGCAAUGGUUUCACUUUCAGCAAUUUCGCUUUUCUUGAAAGGGAAAUUUGUUGUGAAUAAGCCUAAAUUUCCAAAAGAUUUGUGUGAUGUCAUGGAAGACUAAGAAAAGGAUGAAUGCCAGUUAAGUAGAAGAAGUCAUGCAGUUUUCUGUUAAAGAAACCAUGUCCUCUAAUAUCCGCACAACCCUUCAAACUGUUCGUGAAUCUGUAACUUCAGAACAGGGAGAAGAGUCAGCUCCACCAUCUCGAUCAACUUCUUCACAUACUCGCUCUUCUGAUGAGCCCCAUGUGGGGAGAUAUCGUCUUCUAAAGACAAUAGGAAAAGGAAAUUUUGCAAAAGUGAAACUAGCAAAACAUCUUCCAACAGGAAAAGAGGUUGCAGUUAAAAUAGUUGACAAGACCCAACUAAACCCAUCCAGUUUGCAAAAGCUGUUUAGAGAGGUUCGAAUAAUGAAGGUGCUUGACCAUCCAAAUAUUGUGAAACUCUAUCAAGUUAUAGAAACUGAGAGAACAUUGUACCUGGUGAUGGAAUAUGCCAGUGGAGGUGAGGUGUUUGAUUACUUAGUUGCUCAUGGAAGAAUGAAAGAAAAAGAAGGAAGAGCAAAGUUUAGACAAAUUGUGUCUGCUCUCCAGUAUUGUCAUCAAAAGAAAAUAAUCCAUAGAGAUUUAAAAGCUGAGAAUCUACUUUUAGAUAGUGAGAUGAACAUCAAAAUUGCAGAUUUUGGAUUUAGCAACGAGUUUGCACCUGGUCAUAAGUUGGACACUUUUUGUGGUAGUCCACCCUAUGCUGCUCCUGAGCUUUUUCAAGGUAAGAAGUAUGAUGGUCCAGAAGUGGAUGUGUGGAGCUUAGGAGUUAUUCUAUACACUUUAGUUAGUGGAUCUUUACCUUUUGAUGGAGCUAAUCUUAAGGAACUCAGAGAAAGAGUUCUUCGUGGGAAGUACAGGAUACCUUUUUACAUGUCAACUGACUGUGAAAAUCUUUUGAAGAAAUUUCUAGUUUUGAAUCCAGCUAAGCGAGCAACAUUAGAAACCAUAAUGAAAGACAAAUGGAUGAACAUAGGCUUUGAUAAUGAUGAACUCAAGCCUUACACGGAACCAGUAUUCCAUAUGAAAGAUGGCAGAAAAAUAGAAAGGAAAUAUUCAGAAAUGUUACAGUCCUUGGGAUACACAAAAGAGGAAGUUGAAGAAUCUCUAAGAAAUAAAAAAUAUGAUGAUAUUAUGGCUAAUUAUCUUUUACUUGGAAAGAAACCAACAGAGAAAGAGAUAUGUAACACUAGAUCAAAUUCUAGUACUUCACUUCGAGCCCUUCGACCAGUAAUGGAAGGUACAAUUAGCAGUCAGUCCCCUUCUCAUAUCAAAGUUCAAAGAAGCAUUUCUGCAACAUCAAAACCACGUCGCUUUAGCCACAGUGGGGAACCAGGACAUCAUAAUGUUCCUACGAGUGGAUCAUCUACAUAUAAGCAAAAGAAUACACUAGAAACAUCACCUCCAUUGCUUACAAAUGGUGUUUCUCCAACAGUUAGAGAGAGUGUUUCAUCUCCUUCACGAACUGUGAAAACUGCUCCUGGUGCUGUUAGAGCUAUGGAUAAAAGCAACUCUAAGUCAGGAUCUGAUACAUCAGUAACAUUAAGCCCAUCAAGAGAAUGUGGAUCUGUCAGAAAGACAGGAAUGAGUGGAAUUUCUGCAAAUGUAUCUGGCUUUGGAAAGACAAUCAGCAGCAUUCCACGAAGGAACACUUGUAAUUAUGACAGUAAAGGUGUACCAAAUGAAAGAAGCCGAGUUGAAGCAUCCGGAAGUGGAUCUUUAUUAAAACCACCUGGAACAUUGUCACCUGCAUCUUCAAUUAGCAGACAUUUUCCACGAGGUACUGCCAAUCGCAGCACUUUCCACAGUGGACAAACAAGAGAACGACGUCCCACAAGUGCUUAUAAUGGACCUGGAACAGUACCCAUGCAUACUCAGGACUUGUUAAGCAUUACUCCUGGAAAUCAUCAAUCUUUCUUCAGUAAACUCUCCUCCAAGUUCAGUAAACGAACUGUGAAUAAUGACCAAUUGAAACCUCGUUCUCUGAGAUUCACUUGGAGUAUGAAAACCACAUCUUCUCGAGAUCCUAAAGAAAUUAUGCAGGAAAUUCGCAAGGUCCUUGACAAAAAUAAUUGUGAUUUUGAGCAACGAGAUAAGUUUCUGAUGUUGUGUGUGCAUGGUGAUCCUAACACAGACUCAUUGGUUCAAUGGGAAAUAGAAGUGUGUAAACUGCCUCGGCUGUCACUGAAUGGAGUUAGGUUCAAACGUAUAUCAGGCACCUCAGUUGGUUUCAAAAACAUUGCAUCAAAAAUUGCAAAUGAUUUGAAACUGUGAAAAGAAUCAGUGUGUUUAAAUCCAAAAGAGAGGAACUUUAAAUUGUUUCAGAGGUACUUAGCUAAUAGUACUCCUAAUGCAUUUCAUGUUUCUUUCACAUAUAAAAAAUUCAGUGGAACUAGCAUACCAGUAACGUACUUGUUAAGAUGCUAUAAUUAUUUGGUGGCUUCUAAACCUUACCACUAUUAAAUUUGUGUAAUUAAUACAACAUGGGUU